AUGGCAAAAAUAACGCUCUCCAUUUCGGUUCAAUUGCAGGCAUUACUAUACAUAGCAGCGUUGGCCAUCAUUUUACCGAGCCUGUCUGUAACUACGGCUAGUGACUUAGAGAGUUUUGCUGCCACCGAAGCACUUGCACAUCAUCAUCAUGACGAUUUAGUGCACCAUCACCCCGAAGCGUUGCUGCACAGCCUCGCCGCCACCGAUCACUCGUUGCUGCAUCACGAUCUUCAUCACCACGAUCUUCACCAUGACCUUCAUCACGAUGUGCAUCAUCACGACGUGCACCAUGUGCAUCACGAUGUGCACCAUGAUCAUGUGGUGGUAAGUGCUGCCCCACAACCGACCGGAUUCUGGAAGAAGAAGCUCGUCUGGAAGCCGCGCUGGGUCAAGAGCUGGCAGGAGAAGAAGGUGUACGUAGGCGUCUGGAAGCGUGUCUGGGGACCUGUGCAGGUGAACGAAUGGGUUCCGAUUCCGAAACCGCCACCAGGCUGGACCAAACACCACUAAAAACGUGUCUGAAGUGGAGGGAGUUCGGCCUUUCUACCUUACUUAGCCAUUACAAUGUGUUAGCGAUAAGCCCUUCGGUGAAGUUUAAAUUUACGCGAAUAGGAAUAUUAUUUCCGAAAUAUUCCUCCCGGCCUGCUUGUAAUGAGCAUGUUCAUGUUGUAAAAAUUAAAUAAAAUUACUUUAGUAUGU